AGGUAUCUAAUUCUUACUUUAUAUAAUAUCAAUAUUGACGCUUUUAGCCUAACAUGCUGGAACAUUAUAAAAGGACCAGACAGAUGAUGCAAUUUGAGCAUUGAGAUAAUUAAUAUUCCCUUGUAUUCUUAUUCUCUCCCUUCAUCUUUCCUCUUCUCAGCAAGCUCAGUCCUUCCGCAAUGGCUACGACGGAUCAUAGGAAUGAGAUAGUCCCAGUGGAUCAAACUCCAACACCCCAAAGGCCAGACACAGUUCGCAAUUCAUUUCUACAACACUACCCUCCUGAUUUUCCAAGAAAGGUGUUUGCCGAGGUCAUAGCAACCUACUUGCUGGUGUUUGUGACAUGUGGAUCAGCUGCUGUGAGUUCCACUGACGAAAACAAAAUCUCAAGGCUUGGAGCUUCAGUUGCCGGCGGUCUUAUAGUAACUGUAAUGAUCUAUGCAGUUGGGCAUGUCUCUGGUGCACACAUGAACCCAGCUGUUACUGUGGCAUUUGCAGCUGUCAGACAUUUUCCAUGGAAACAGGUCCCAUUUUAUGCUGCAGCUCAAUUCACGGGAUCAAUUUCUGCAUCGUUCACACUUAGAGUAUUAUUGCAUCCGAUAAAACUUCUUGGCACAACAUCACCUUCAGGAUCGGAUGUUCAAGCUCUAGUCAUGGAAAUGGUCGUCACAUUUUCAAUGAUGUUUGUUACUUCAGCUGUAGCAACUGAUACUAAAGCGGUAGGAGAGCUAGCGGGCAUGGCUGUUGGUUCUGCGGUCUGCAUAACUUCAAUCUUGGCAGGACCAAUAUCAGGUGGAUCAAUGAACCCAGCAAGGACCAUAGGACCAGCACUUGCUAGUGCUCACUACAAGGCAAUUUGGGUGUACGUGGUAGGACCAGUGACAGGAACCGUGAUGGGGGCAUGGUCUUACAGUCGGAUUCGGGCAACAGACAAGCCGGUUCAAGCAAUCGCUCCACAAUCAUCUUCAUUCAAACUUCGCCGGAUGAGGGGCCAAGAUGGAGAGCUUCCAAACAAAGACCCUUUCGAUGAUCUUUGAAUUGAUCCACUUUGCAACAUCAAGGGCAAUCCUCACUAGCCUUUUUCAUGUACCCUGAAAAGCUAGAUUAUGAGCUUAGCACAAAUGUUCUUGCAUUUGUAGUUCUGAUAAAGAGUGUAAGCUAUAGUAAAUAGAAUUAAGAAUGUAAUAUAAAAUAAUGGUAAAGAAGAAGCCAAGCCUGCUCCGGCUACUUCAACAUGAAA